CCAUAGAUAAAGGGAAAUAACUCCCAAAAGCGUUUAGUUAUCUCCCCUUCUUGACAAAACAUGCAUUUCCGGUUGCAUUGGUGACUAACCAGAAGAAAACACCGAAAAGACUAGAGGCAUUCCUCGUUUACCAACAAACAAACAUGGUUUUGAAGACGAUCUGGAGCUACAUUUCCUUCUGGUAUUUCCAGUAUACGUUAGUAACCUCACUUUACAUGUUGGAACCAACAGAAAGAAGAAUAUUUAAUACCAUUUUAGUUGCAGUACUAGCCAUGUUUUUCUACACUUCCUGUUUGUUCCUGCCCGGACAUUUGAUGAUGAUGCUACAUUUUGUUAGAUACAUAUGUGGUUAUGACAAUUCUACACAUGCUGUACCACAAGAUUCCUGAUGGAAUAAAACAGAGUCUCUCAUUUUAUUGCGAUAGAAAUAAUGUAAAAAUUAUACAUAAUCAUCAAACCGUGUUCAUAUUUAAAAAUCAAAGAACCUGUAAAGAAACAUAGGAAAUAUUCAUGUUUAUUUUCAUCUUGUGUAAGCUAACUGUACUUUUAUAAAAAAGAAUAAUAUUAAACAGUAACUUGAUAUGAAAAAAGUUUGAUAAUUAAUGUUAUGUAAAUUAUGAUUUUUUAUGUUUAAAUUUGUUUUCUCUGUCAUUUAUUAUAUAAUCUAAAUAUUAUUAUUUUGUUAAAUAUCAAUCAGAAAAAUGAACUUUAUUUUAAUGUUUUCAUGAUGUACAGGAUCAUGGAUGAAAUCAAUUGAUUCUGCAUACCCAUGGUAGUUUCGAUGAAUAUUAAAAGCGAAAAGAUAUCAGUGACCUUACAAAACCAUGUCAAAUGACUUGAAAUAGUUGACCUUGCUUCUAUUAAAUGAUGACAGAUCUUAACUUAGAUGAUCAGAUCAUAUUUAUUUCUGUAUGUAUUUAUUUAAAUGUUGUAAUGUACAUUUCUUUUAUAGUUAAUAUUUUAUUCAGUGGGUGGUGUACUCAAAGAAAAAAGAAGGGUUAAUAUAUAUUGACAUGUGACACAAUCUUUAGUCCUCCUAAAACUGUCGUUACAGGGGAUCCUUAGACAGCCCUGUCACUUGCACAGAUGUGGUGUCCCUAAGAAUGAGUAAAUGUUCAUAUAAUAUGAUAAGCUAUUCAUAUAUCUCAUAAGUUUGACACUGUCAAAGGAACAGUUGUUUUCUUCUGUCUGUCAAGGGAUGUACUAGUAUUAAUAUAUUAUUGUUUUUUUUUCAAGAAACUGUGUAGUCAAUAUUUACAUGCCAAAGGGUUAAUAUUUGAAAAUGUAAAGGGGCAUGCUAAUGUUUUAUUGAAGAAAUGUUAAUAUAUAAGAAUCCAAAUAGAUAUUAAUUGGAUAGGUAUUUGUUUAUUCCAUAAUGUAUAUAACAAUGCAUUAUAAAUAUUAAUUUCAUUCUAUGUAAGCCUAAUCAUGAUCUAUUUCUUUGUCUUUAAGAGAUUAUCCCUUUUGCGUAUUUUAACAUGGUCAUACAAAUGUAUCUAUAAGCUUAUAAAACAAAAUUAUCUUAUAAUGCUCUUUAAUGUAAUCCAUACUAAUUCUUCUUUAUUAAAAGAAGGAAAACUAAUCUGUUAACACUUAUCUAUAUUUUUUUUAAUAUCUUUUUACACAUUUUGUAAAUAAAGUUUGAUAAUGUGAGUUUAAAUGUGAAUGGUUGUAUCUGUUAUAUAUAUUAAUGUCUAAAAGACUUCAAUCAUGCUAUAUUAUUGUUAUAUACAAGUUACUCU